AUGUCGCUUCAUACAGUUUCUGAGGGCGUCAACAGCACCAUCAAUGAUAAUGCCCCAGCAGUCCCUGGUGAGGGGAACCUUCCUACUCAACAGCUAGACCCUCGGCUGGAUAAAACAGCCACUGGUCUAGUCGAUACACACGUCCCCGGGGAUUUUCCAGGGGAGGGCGCCCCAGCUCACGAGCAAAACGAGGAGAUCCCCUUCCCACCGCUGUCAUCUAUCCCAUCACGACUCUGGAAAUGGGCCAAAAGCACCGUGCCUACAUUGGGUGACGUAUUCGAGUCACGCGUCCGACAACUUGUCUUGCAAACUUUUCCUCCUCAUCGUCAGAUGCAGGCGUAUGAGGCUGCACUUUCGCAUCCCAUCACCGCAACGUUCCUUGUCUGCCAGUUCAUCUGCUGUGGAGUCCCCAUACUUGUGUUCCUGGCCGGAACGUUCCUUUUUCUGGCCGUAGCUAUCCUGUUAUGGGCACUUCUAUCGUCUCUGCUACUUGGUCCCAUUCUUUUGGUUGCGAGCAUCACAGGGGUGUCCGUUUGGGGUUGGGGUUGGGUCCUAUACGGUUUCAUACGACUGACGGACAAGAUAUUCCUCAAUGGGAUGUUGAGGAGAUUUUGGCUCUCGCAGUUGAACGAGUAUAAAGAGGAGCUUGAGCCAUCACCUGAAAACGAACAGAGCGAGAAGACACCUGUGUCACCCGAAACACAACGCGAAUGA